AUGGACUGUUCAACCCCGGCCAGGGCUUCGUGCUGUUCGCUGCCGUUUUUACUUAGACGAAGGUCCUCGACAUGGUUCAUAGUUGUGGUUGUUUGCUCGGCAUGCUUCGUUAGCAAUUUUAGUUACGCAAUCGCGGCACCUGUCUUGCCAUUUGCCUUGAGCGAACGGGUCAGCAUAUCAAUGGACCAAGUGCAGUACUGGAUUUCCAUUGUCCUCGGGGGCUAUGGAGCUGGUCUUAUUGUCGGGUCUCCGUUCGCUGGAUGGCUGACAGAUCAGUUCUGUUCAAGAAAGAUCCCUUUCCUCGCCGGAAUGCUAUCUUUGCUUGUGGCGACACUCCUUCUAUGUCUCUCCAGAUGUCUAUCGCUGUUCGUCAUCGCUGGAGUGCUCGAGGGCUUGACGGGAGCAAUUGUAUGGACCGUCGGCAUGGCCCUGCUUUCGGACAGUGUGGAUCAAGGACGUAUCGGACAAGCUAUGGGCUGUAUGUCUGUGGCCGGUCCCCUUGCCUCUUUAUGCGCACCAGCGCUUGGCGGUUUCGUGUUCGACCAUUCAGGCUACUAUGCGGUGUUUGCGAUGGCGUUUUCUGUCAUCGGCGUGGAUGGGAUUCUACGCGUGACCAUGGCACAACCUACGCCGGUCGUUCAGCUGUGUGUACGAACUCCUUCCGUAGGAAUGGACACCCAGCCAUCGAAGUCGGCAUCCGAAAUCGACAAAGUUGGCUUGUUGGAACAGGGCCGGCGAAUACCGCGCAUCUUACUUCUCCUCCGAUCUCCAAGGCUGCUGGCCGCUCUAUGGGGAACCACCGUCCAGCAAGGACUCAUGACUUCCUUUCAAAGUGUCCUUCCGCUCUUCGUAAAAGCCACCUUCGGAUGGACCGCCACUCGGGCGGGCCUCAUUUUCCUGCCGUAUCUAGGACCUAUCGUCCUAUUCAGCCCGAUAAUAGGCUCGCUUUCGGAUCGCAUGGGGACUCGAGUGUUGGCCGCCGCAGGCUUUGUCGUUGGCUGUCCAUCUUUGCUCUGCCUGCGCUUCGUCAACCAUAAUUCAGAUGGCCAAGUGAUCCUCCUCUGCAUUCUGCUUAUUCUAAAUGGGACUGCAGGAGCAUUGACGCUCUCAUCCCUCAUGGCGGAAGUGAGCCGAGUGGUAAAUACCAAGGAGCGAGACGACCCGAAAUUUAUCGACAAGAAGAGCGUUUAUGGACAGGCAUACGGCCUCUUUGUAUCGUUCCAGGGUCUCGGCUGUCUCAUUGGUCCUUUGAUGGCGGGGGCCUUAAAAGACGCCUAUGGCUGGGCAAUCAUGUCUCUCGUUCUUGCUGUGAUUAGCGGAGUCUCUGCUAUUCCAAUAGCUUUUUGCUCCACCGGGAGGCGUUCGACUGAUCGGGAGGCCAGCGGUAUUGCAGAGGGACCGUGAAAGGUUACUCGAAAAGACUAGCGGGGGGAAUAGAGAAGAUAAAUCAGAAGUAGGAGAAUGGGAUGAUAUAGACACUUAUUAUUUGGUAAAGAUUCUGAGGUUGGCCAGCUACGAAGUUUGUGUAGCAUUCUAAGAUAAUUAUUUAGAUCUUAUAGGAUACAGCGGCUUGCGACCUGGGCGUUCAUGAUACAUGUAUCUAUGCUUCUCACUAUCGUCGAUGUCGGUCCCUACAAUAGAGCUCUCCGUCGUUCGAACACUUAUUGUUUUUAAAGGUAUGCCUGACUUGGUACUUACUGUUUUUACAUUUUGAUAUACAAGCGGCAAUGUUCCAAUCAUUUAGCUUCUCUCCACCCGAUGGGUAUCAUUGCAGCUGCAACCUGUUGAACCCCUCUCUCUGUUGCGAGCAGGUUGAAUUGUGAGGCGGCAUUCCUAGU